GAGGUCUUCGGAAGUGUAAAAGCUCGUCAGUUAUCUACACCACAAGAACCGGAUAAGACUGGUUAAGAAAAUACCUCCAUGCCUCACAAACCUAGUGAGCAAAUUUUAGAAGAAAACAAUUCAAUCCCCACUCCCCACAUUCGCCUCCCGUAGAUGGAAGCUUCAAGGGUGCUGCUGUUGUCACCGGCAGCGGUUGUUCCGCCACCACUGCGGCGUCAAAGUUGCAACCUUGCAUGUAGGAGAACCGGGCGGCGUGCCUCGCUUAAGGUGGUGGCCAUGGCAGAAGAAAGCAGUGGCAGUGGCGAUGGUAUUAUAGAGAAAGCCGCCAUAGUGGGUGGAUUGGUGUCAGCUCCGGUGAUCGGCUGGUCUCUUUACACACUCAAGACGUCGGGGUGCGGCCUCCCGCCGGGUCCCGGGGGUUCCAUAGGUGCACUUGAAGGUAUAAGCUACCUAGUUGUGGUGGGUAUUGUUGCUUGGUCUCUGUACACCAAGGCCAGAACUGGCUCAGGCCUCCCCAACGGGCCUUACGGAUUGUUGGGAGCUGUGGAAGGCCUAUCGUACUUGGCGUUGCUGGGCAUCUUGGUUGUGUUUGGACUGCAGUUCUUGGACAAGGGUUUUAUCCCGGGGCCGCUGCCUGGAGACCAGUGCUUUGGCUGAGUUCAAACUGCGAUUCUCCUACUGGUGAUUCUCUUCUUUUUCCCCUUUAAGCAGCCAAUCGAUUCGAACAAUGUAUAAUUGUAUAUUAUCUCUCUGUUUGUUAAGAAUAGUGAAUAUGGUAGAGGUAGAGUAGAGCCGGAGAUUCCUGAGUGCAGAUUGAUUGAGUGAUUAUGCGAAUAAACAAGCUUGUGAUUGAAUACAAAAUCGUCUUGCCAAAUAAACUUUUGGGGUUUAGUGUAGUUCAGUCAGUAUCAAAUUAGUUUGGGAAUCGCUAGAUUUUCAGGAGAAAGUGGAGUGGAAUUUAAUGCUUGUAUAGGGCAGAGCUAUAAAAUGAUUUCAAUCAAGGUUUC